AUGUCUCUUCUAGAUGUUACAGUCUAUAAAAUGAAGCGCAAACAAGCUAACAGUAAAGAUUUGGAGGAGAAUACAAACGAUGAACCAAAAGUACGGGCCGUUUCUUUCCUUCAAUUAUUCAAAUAUGCCAAACGGGAGGACAAAGUAUUUAUGGGAAUCGGUGUCAUCGGAUCUAUACUCGCCAGUAUGUCGUGGCCUAUACUCAACGCUUUGUUUGGAUCCAUUGUCGAUGUGUUUGUUAAUUAUGAAAAGGGAAGAAAUGCCACAUUAAAUGGCAUUGAAGACAUUGAUAUCAUAACCAGUGAGGAAUUUAUGGGCGAAGUAUACAAUCUAAGUAUUAUAUUGUUCAUCGGUUGGGUUGUCAUCACUUUAUCCAAUUAUUUAAUGACCACAUUCUUUCCAUUGGCCGCUUUGAAUCAAAUCCAUACCAUUAAGAUUAAAUACUUUGAGUCCGUUCUCAAACAAGAGAUCUCGUGGUUUGAUUCAAAAUCUUCGGGCGAUUUCGCUUCAAGAGUCUCAGCUGAUUUGAAGCGCGUUGAAGACGGCCUCAACGAGAAGUUAGGUCUCGCAAUAUAUUCAAUAGUAGCCGUCUGUCUAAACCUAAUACUCGCCUUUAUUUACGGCUGGAAACUAACGCUUGUUGUGUUAGCGAUCUCUCCUUUCACUGCCAUCGCCACCGCAAUCAUGAAUAAAGUUCAGGCAUCGUUUGCCCGCAAAGAGAUGGAGUCAUACGCUUCGGCCGGCAAUGUGGCCGAAGAAGUGAUUUCUGCGGUCAGAACUGUCUAUGCGUUUGGCGGAGAAGCAAAAGAAGUGAACAGAUAUGAGAAGAAUUUGGUGCCAGCGAUGAGAAGUGGAAUCAAACGGAAUUUUAUCACAGGAUUAGGAAAUGGAGUCCUUUACUCGACCCUAUAUUUCGGGAUGGCUUUAGGCAUUUGGUUUGGCGUCAAAUUGACCAUCGGCUCAAUGGAAGAGCACUCAGACGAGUAUACCAUUGGAAAGAUUGUUAUUAUAUUUUGGUCCGUAUUAAGUGCCGGCUACAAUAUUGAAUCCUUCUAUCUUAGAGUCAUUUUCCCGGUCCCGACCAGGUCUAAGAUCCAAGGAGCAGCUGCCCCACACUUUGAGGCCAUUAAUAUGGCUCGAGGAACAGCUGCUGUUAUCUUCGAUAUAAUUGAAAGAAAGCCAAAAAUUGAUAUCUCAUCCAAAAGCGGGAAAACACCACAAACUUUUAGCGCUGACAUCGAAUUUAAAGACAUUCACUUUAGUUACCCAAUGCGUCCGGAAGUGAACAUUUUAGAGACUUUUAACUUGAAAAUAAACGCUGGAGAAACAGUGGCUCUCGUCGGCCCUUCAGGUUGUGGAAAAUCUACACUAAUUCAACUCAUUCAGCGAUUUUAUGACCCCAUAUCGGGAGGCGUUUUCAUAGACGGACACGAUAUCAAAGACUUGAAUCUGGGAUGGCUUAGGGAACAGAUCGGUGUCGUCGGUCAGGAACCGGUGCUCUUCGACACUUCAAUUAAGGAAAACAUUAGUUUGGGUUCACAUAAUGCA